CCCCGGUGUUAAACAAACUGUAACAAGGCUUUCUUCCAUUCAUUGUUCCUAGUGAUAGCGCACAACUGAGCAGGGUGGUGUUUGCUGCUCUCAAUUGUUUGUUUCCUUCAUCUCUUCUCUCUUUCUCUUCCCUACGCCUUUGUACUCUCUAUUUCCUCUCUCGCUCCCAAAAACACAAAACAAGAACAUCUACAGUACCUAUCCCUUCUGCCAAUUCGCCGCCUCUCGUCGACUCUCUUCUUUGUGCUCUCGUAGCUCCUCAUUCCUCCACCGUCUUCUCAUUCCUCCUCAUUCGACCCAACUCCACCUCCCCCACUUUUCAUCUCGGGGGGCAGCUAAGAUAGAAGAAAGUCGAUGGGAAAGAGAAGGCUUCUUACUCAGGAACACUUGCACCUCCUCAAAUAUCUCAAUUGCAUUCCCCUACUUUCAUAACUUAAAAAAAAUAUCCCGCCAUGGCUACCACUAUCAAACCUAUAAUAACAACAACUACACACCCACCGGUAGUGACAACCAAACCUAUAACUUCAGUCGCACCAACGACAACUGCUCUAACGACAGGCAUAAGGACGACGACCGUAGCCCUAUCCACAACGUCAAUAUCUCGCGCUGCAUCCACCACAACUAUCGCCACAACAACAUCGGCCAAAACCACCACAACUGCUGUGCAGUCCAUCGGAGCUGGGAACACGACCAGUGGAGGCAAUGGUAUGAGUGGCGGCGCGAUCGCAGGGAUGAUCGCGGGCGUGAUCGUCAUCCUGGUCGGGUCUGUGGUGGGCGGGUUCUUGUUGCUGAAGCAGCGUCGCAAGCGCAUGAUGCUCGUAGGCAGAAACGCGCGCAGCUACAAUGGAUACCCGGAACCGGACCUCGACAGACCCCCUAUGGCGGCAUACAAGCGCGAGGGCCGACCGAACAGUGGUUUUGGUCAAAGUACACAUGUCCAGAGCGGCAUUUACGACGACAAGAGCCACCAUGCCGCAGCUGCUGGAAUUGGUGGAGCGAAAAUGCCACCGGGCGGAUACAAUGGUGGGCACGGGUUAGGAAGCGGAUUUGAGGGCCCAUACACGCAACUGAACAAUAGCACGGAUGUUGCAACCGGCAGUCGUGGUGACGACGUGAUCCUGGCUCGGUCGGCUGGUACCAUGGAGCGCGACAGCAGGGUGGUAAGCGUAGAGCUCGAUCUACAGCAACUGGAGCGUGAGCGACAGCUGGACCUUGAACAGCAAGAACGGCUAUUGAGAAUGGCUGAUGGAGAGUCAUACCCUUCCUCCCCCUCCGCUUUCCAAGUACCCCUGCCCUCUUCUCCAUCGUCCUCUAGCUCUCCGACAUCACCCCGUGGGCCAUACGCAUCCCAGAGCCUGAUGCCGGGCUCUGCUACUAAUCUCCAGCAUCGAGGAAGCGGCGUUUAUAAUUACAAUAUGAACCAUGGUGGAGAUGCACAGCCUCAUCUCCAGCGUCCCCUGUCUGAGUACCAGCAACAGCCAUAUCAGUCGCCAUAUGAUCCUCGUGGCGGAUAUGGUUCAUAUCCUCAAGGCAGCGGCCCCAUGCCCAUGCGUCCAUACUCCCAGCAGUUCCCCCCUCCACAGCAUCCACAGCAUCCGCAGCAUAUUCCUUACCCUUUUCCUCUCAGACCGACUUCAGCCGUCGUACCUCGGCCAAGUACACCUAUGAAUCCCAUGGUACCCCUGCGGCCAUCUGCCACGCCAUGUCAGAAGCAAGAGUACGAAGAGGUCACCACUAUGUCCAAUAUAUCACAUAUGUCUGGUCUCGAGUCCCCAUCCUCGAUCUCAGAUGCGACCUCACCCAUCUUCCCGGCCACCAACAGCGUCAAGAGCAAUAACAGCGCAGAGCCAUUGUUCCAUGGCGCUGGAGGCGAUGGUAACAUGCACUUGAAACAUGUGGACGCGAUUAGUAACAUUUUGCCACCGAGUAUGGACACUACGAAGGCGACGCCAACGGAAAUGGGCGAAAAGGAGGAGUUCCUGCCUGCCUCAGCCGCAGUAGUACCCACCAUCGCGAGUCGUCCACCCCCGCCCCUGCCCAUGACCACCAAACCUACUAGAUAAUUAAUUCCAAAAGCAAUUCAUUCACAUUCCCCUCUCUCUACUCCUCAUCCCCUCACUUCACGCCUUCAUUCUCCGCCGAAUUAAGAAAGAUACCAAAAAAAACCGCAAUAAAAAAAUUACAAUUUUUUUUCUUUGA